ACAACCACUUCCUGUUUUAAAAGAGGAAGUGGGCGUGUCGUUAGGAUUCAUUGCUGCCGUCACGUGAUAUCAGAAGUAUGGGGAAUGCGAGUUGCCGACUUGGAAAUUGCACGUGAACGCCACCCUCAGGUCGUAAUGACGAGUGUAAUUCUUUAUUUUUAACAGUGCAACAAGUAGUAGCUGUCGCUUGUGUACAUAAUUCUAAAUCUGUAAUCUAUGUACACUUAACUUGAUAUAGCGCAAUACUAUUUAUCGUUCUAUCCAACAAAAAUGGAUUAUAGUAUGCUAGUGCGGGGCAAAACUAUUACAUUAGUGUCAGUAUUUUUUUUUCCAAUUCGUUCCGACGACAAACAAAGUGCAUAAGUGGGAAGUCGGAUCUUCCGACCAGCACGUGAAGGCAGCAUUGCAGCAUUUUGAGCUGCGCCGCUCUCCGUACUACACGGUGACCAUAGCAACGGGAGUACGCCGUCAGACUCCGGGCUGCUGACACACAGAGAUGCUGGACGACUAAAAACCGUAUCUUUAUUCAUUUAUUUCUUUAGACUCUCGUGACUUUUGUUCGUGCUCAUUUUUUGUUGCGUUCCGUGGUCACGAGCCGCAGAUAGAAGUGAACCGGAGGCUUUGAUCUGCGAGUGACUUUGAUGUGUCAACGCGUAAAAAGCGAACGAAACAAGGAAGAAGCAAAGACAAAACAAGAGAGAAAGAAGAGAGCCGACAAUGUUAGUGUUUGCUGCCAAAGUGAGACGCUGAAAGCAAAGAAAGUUUAAAAUUUUUGCAAAUGGAUUCAGGCAAAGUUGUGCAGAGAAGGAAACCGGACUUUCCUGUGGUCGGACCAAGAGCAACCGACAGGAGCCAAAAUCUCCAGGAGGUCGGUGCUAAAAAUCUCGAUCUCACUAAGGUGCUUCGUCUCCUUGAAGAUCCUUUGACGGCUAACUUGACAGAGAGGCACCUGUUUGUCCUGAAGAAACUACUGAAGAGAAGCCAAAUUGGUUUUCUGUUGAGGGAGCUCACGGGCGUGGCCAAAAUACUCAACAUCUGUGCCGAGAAGGUGAAGGAUCACCCCGAGUAUGUGCCCGUGUUGUGCGAGGCACUUGAAAUUUGUAGACUUCCCUUCCUGAAGGAGAAAUCGUCUGAUGAGCUGAACUACGCUCGGGACGUCGUAGAGUUCAUCUCCCACAUGGGGUGUCUGAUGAGAGUGUCGGACGCCGACGUGCGGCGGCAGGUUGUUGAAUCUGUGAAAUCAUUCUACUGCAGUGUGGCUCCGAAACAGCUGCUCGACGGUACGGUCUCUGCCACCAAGACAAAGCCUGGGACAUUACGCUCUUGCAGAUUUUCUAGACUUUCACUAAGGCUCCAGCCGACCUCUCCCGGCUACAGGCUGCAGCUGCUGGAGCUCAGUGACCUGGCGCAGACGCUGCUCCUCUCCACGGCCAUGCUGGAGAACCAGCCCGUCGUCAAGUUGCAGCUCCUGAAGACCCUUCAGAUGCUCUCGGCCUCCUCUGACAGGAACUGUGCGUUAAUGCUGAACGCACGGGGCGCUGAGACGAUCUGUCUCCACAUGAACGAGCCCGACCCGUCGGGUCAAGUCCUUUUCCGCUCGUCAGAAAUCCUCUGGAACCUGCUGGAGAGAGGCAGCAUGGACAAGGUCACCGCGCAGCUCAGCAGCAUGGAGUGUGUCGUGUCUCUGAAAGAAGCGUUUCUUCACCAGCUGAUGAACGGUUGCAGCCAUGCCGACUUCCAACUCAGAAAUGAUCUGCUUGUGAUUACAACUCUCAUCGCAGAGAACCCCAGCUGCCAGCUGAUUGAGAGUUUAUUUGCCAAGCAGCUCUUGGUUUUCGCCACAUUUCCUGAGUUGAAAACUCCCAAUCCUCUGGUUCGCAACCUCAACCUCAGCUACAACAACGACGAUUUGAAACUGAAGAAGUUGCUGUUGAAUCUGUUGGUUUCCAUGUCAAAGGAUUUUGCCGCCUUGCAGCUCUACAGAGAAGAACAAGUCAUGCUGGCUCUGCUGACGCUCGCGAAGCCGCCUGCUGCUGCGCCUGAGCAUCCGCCAGGUCUGCGUCACUGGUCCUCCGUCCAGCAGGACGAGCUCCAGCUGCAGGCGCUGGCCACCCUCGCCGCCAUCGCUCCGCUCAUGUUGGACGAGUACAUGUCAUGUCAGGGAAACGCUCGCCUGCUGUUCCUGCUGGACUGCUGCAUCGGGCAAGAUUCUUACUUUGGUCAGGGCCACAGUUUCCAUGGCGACGGAGACAGGGGCAGUAAGAAGGCUCAAAUGCGCCACUGCAUCAGAGUUCUCCGAGCCGUGACGUCUUCGGGCGACGAGUCAGUCAACCAGGACCUUUGUGAUCAAGGGACCAUCAAUCAGCUCAUGGGGAUUCUGAUGCAGAUGGAAGCGAGUCCUGAUGAGGACGAUGAGGUCACACUGGAGAUAAAGUCAGACACUCAGCUGAUACUUUCAGCGCUGUGCGAGACCGACAUGCACCGAAAGGAACUGUUUGGGUCGGACGGAGUGGAGAUGGCGGUUCAUUUCCUGAGGAAAGGCUCCGACAAGUUCUUCAGCGGCCUGGGACACAACAGGCUCGUCCUCUCCACGGUCGACUGCGUUUGGUCCUGUAUUGUCGGCUGCUACACCACCGAGGAUUAUUUUUUGGCGAAAGAAGGGGUGUUUCUUCUGCUGGACUUACUCGUCUCGAGCCCCAGGUGUGUGCACAGCAUCGUCCUCACCACCCUGCUGGAACUGUGUGACAACCCCAACACUCUGUCUCACAUCCUGAGCUGGAGGGACGACGGCGAUCGGACGGCUCCGGGACUCCUGCUGCAGCUGUGGAGGCGGGAGGAGGAGGAGCUGGGCGUCCGCAGGAACAAACACGGGGGCUUGACAGAUCCCCAGAGGCCACUCCUCAGUUUUUACCAGCAGGACUCCCAGCGGCUGUUUCCCUCCAACAUACCGAGCGCAGCCGUGCUGGAGAUAUCAGAGAACCUGCGCUCGAAGAUCUUCUCCAUCUUCUGCAAACUGGGUUUCCAGGACCUUCCUGGACUGUCGGCAAAAGAUUACGUGACCUUGAGCAUCGUCAGGAGAUAUCUGGACUUUAAGGUCUGCGAGGUGUGGGACGAGAUCAGCAGGGAACUGAUUUCAGACGGCGUGAGGCCGGUCAGCCCGGACGAGGAGGCUCUGAGGAGCAUCGCCAAGGUCGCAGGGGACACGGCGGCGAGGGUGAUGGCGGAACAAAUCAGCUUCCUGGAGCAGCAGGAGAAGGAGAUCGUCAGCGAGGAGGAGCGCAUGUACAAGGAGAUCAAGUCUCACUGGAAGCAACAGGAGCUCACGGCAAAGUCGUGGGACAGUUACGUUUCCAGAACGUCCAACUACGAAAUCCUGAAGGAAGUAAAAGCACAGCGGAAGAAAUACAUUGACUCAUCCAGGCCCAGACCAAAGGACGGGGAUGCUGCUGUUCAUCCUGCAGAGCAUUUCAUUGGACAGGUCGUAGCCGUAGAGACCACUGAUGAUCAGGGGCCUGCGGGAGUGAAGAUGACUCUGGCCCGAGCUCCAAUCAAGGACAAAGCGGAUCCAUCGACGCGAGACCCGGAGUACUUCAGCACCGUAUCUGUCAAAGACUGAUACUGGUUUUUAAUACACCUCUAGCUUAUAGUUUCCUUUUUUUAAUUUACAUCCAUUGUUCAUAUUUCUAUUAUACACUAUGUGCUGUACAUUUUUUUGCGACGUGUCUGCAGAUAUUGAAGUGAAACGGCAGCAGAUGCAGACGUGAAGUCACUCGUUGUGCAUAAUCAGCACCCUGUAGUCUAGUCCAGCUCUCUCACACACACACACACACACACACACACACACAUUUACAGUGAGCGUCUGAUGCAACAGUACAACUGUAAAGAUUCAUGCAUAUUAAAUGAAUAAAAUAGAAUCAACCAAA